CGACAGAUUCAUGAUUCCUGACGGUACUCUCAACGGCGACGAUGUCGACUUCGCGUUCGGAUUUGGAAGGAGAAUUUGCGUCGGACAGUAUGUCGCUGAUGCCUCGGUAAGGACAGCCAUUGCGACGCUUCCUGCGGCUUUCACGUUUGAGAAGGUGAGAGGAUGAACAUGGAGAUGAGGUUAACUUCCAGCCCUUCCCCUGCCACUUGCCAUCAUCCCGCGGGACUCUACGAUCACCGUUGACAGCGUGGGGAGGAUCGUAUCUGAAUCCCUUGAAUCCCGAAGUGAACAGCGUAUGGAACCCUAUUGACCUGCCUGUUUCGCCGGCCUACGAAUGUCGAGGACCACCUAAACGCUGUUAAUGCGCAAUAUGAAAGAACAUUCUUCGUCAUAUCGGGGAUGUGGGUCCGCUGUGAACUCGGAAUCACCAAUGCUUGCGCUUGGAACUCGGUCUGGAAGUUCAUUGACCUUUGCAACAAACAAACUCUUACGGAGCAACUCUUCGAAAGCAUUUUGUCCACAGACAACUUUGGUCUACAAUAUACAAGACUG